AUGGCCUGGACCCCUCUCCUGCUCCCCCUCCUCACUCUCUGCACAGGUUCUGUGGCCUCUUCUCAGCUGACUCAGCCACCUGCGGCAUCCGUGUCCUUAGGACAGACAGCCAGGAUCACCUGCCAGGGAGACAACUUAGGAAGCUAUUAUGCUGGCUGGUACCAGCAGAAGCCAGGACAGGCCCCUGUGCAGGUCAUUGAUGGGUAUAACGACCGGGCCUCAGGGAUCCCUGACCGAUUCUCUGGCUCCAAUUCAGGCAACACAGCCACCCUGACCAUCAGCGGGGCCCAGGCCGAGGACGAGGCUGACUAUUACUGUGCGUCAGCUGACAGCAGUGAUUAUGCUGCGUUCGGCGGAGGGACCAAGCUGACCGUGCUGGGUCAGCCCGCGUCUGCGCCCUCAGUCACUCUGUUCGCGCCCUCCACUGAGGAGCUCAGCGCCAACAAGGCCACCCUGGUGUGUCUCAUCAAUGACUUCUACCCGGGCAGCGUGAAGGUGGCCUGGAAGGCAGGCAGCAACACCAUCACCAGGGGCGUGGAGACCACCCAGCCCUCGAAACAGAGCAACAGCAAGUACGCGGCCAGCAGCUACCUGGCCCUGACGGCCAGCGAGUGGAAAUCUUACGACAGGGUCAGCUGCCAGGUCACGCACGAGGGGAGCACCGUGGAGAAGACAGUGUCGCCUUCCGAGUGCACUUAG